ACUGACCGGCCGCUCCCCCCCCAGACAAGCAGAACGAGGUGGAGAUCCCGCCCCCCACGCAGAAGGAGCGGGACAAGAAGAAGAAGCAGCAGCCCAUGUGCCAGAUCAGCGGCGUGAAGAAACUCAUGCCCAGCUCAGGCCUGACCAACUCCAGCAUCCCCCGCUUCGGGGUCAAAACCGACCAGGAGGAGCUGCUCAGCAAGGAGCUGGAGAAUCUCAACAAGUGGGGCCUGAACAUUUUCCACGUCUCCGAAUAUUCCAGCAGCCGCUCGCUCAGCUGCAUCAUGUACACGAUAUUCCAGGAGAGAGAACUGCUGAAAACCUUCAAGAUCCCAGUGGAGACGCUGUUGACGUACGUGCUGACGCUGGAGGAGCACUACCACGCCGACGUGGCCUACCACAACAGCCUGCACGCCGCCGACGUGAUCCAGUCCACGCACGUCCUGCUGGCCACGCCCGCCCUGGACGCUGUCUUCACCGACCUGGAGAUCCUGGCGGCUCUGUUUGCAGCCGCCAUCCAUGACGUGGAUCACCCGGGCGUCUCCAACCAGUUCCUGAUCAACACCAACUCGGAGCUGGCCCUGAUGUACAACGACGAGUCAGUCCUGGAGAACCACCACCUGGCCGUGGGCUUCAAGCUGCUGCAGGAGGAGAAUUGCGACAUCUUCCAGAGCCUCGGCAAGCGCCAGCGUCAGAUGCUGCGCAAGAUGGUUAUAGACAUGGUCCUGGCCACCGACAUGUCCAAGCACAUGAGCCUCUUGGCCGACCUCAAGACCAUGGUGGAGACCAAGAAAGUGACAAGCUCCGGGGUGCUGCUGCUAGACAACUACACGGACCGGAUCCAGGUCCUGCGGAACAUGGUUCACUGCGCCGACCUCAGCAACCCCACCAAGCCGCUGGAGCUGUACCGCCAGUGGACCGACCGCAUCAUGGAGGAGUUCUUCCGGCAGGGCGACAAGGAGCGGGAGCGGGGCAUGGAGAUCAGCCCCAUGUGCGACAAGCACACGGCCUCCGUGGAGAAAUCCCAGGUGCGGGCGGGGCCGAGAGCCGGGGGCCCGGUGCUGCCGGGAGGGGCCUGCUCACCCGGCUGGCUGGCGGGGGCGGGGCAGGGCUCUGAUCGGACCUGCUCCAGCCCAUGGCGCAGCGUGGGGAGGUCCUAGCACCAGCCCCUGAAU